AUAAUAAUUAUACUAUAAUGCUGUGAUGUUGCUUGCCAAAAUAUUCAAGCAUUCUAUAAGUCUAAGGCUGUCAAAUUAUCGAUUGACAACGAUUUUGUUUUUUGCACCAUCAAGACGAUCAAAAUCUUUAUCAGUAAGUGAAACAUCUAUUGCCCUAAGGCCUUUCAUCUUCAGAGUUCAUCCUGACCUAUUUUCUAAAUAUGGUAUUGAAAAAGCAAAAAUAAAUGAGGAGUCGUUGAAAUUAUUGAACGAAUACAUCCACAAGCUGCACAACAACGAGCAAGUCAGGCCUCUGAAACUUCUAUUCUACCUGAGGAAACUUCCAUCAUCAACCAAUAAUGAGUCCAAUGCUCUGGAGCUGCGAACAGUGAACAUAAGUUUGCAGUCGACAAAUGUGACCGACACUAUCAGCAACAUUUUGAACACCUGCCAUCUCCCACUUGACUACCUAGAAAGCAUCGGCGUCUCCAGGCACAGUUUCCAUGUUGGAAGUUCUUCUUGUAACAAAUCUACUACCUUGGAAUGGACGUCUGACAAGGAGCUGUGGCGUGUCUUUCAGCAGAUGGAGUGCGAGAUGUUCAACCCGCGCUUCCAACAAUACGACAGUGCCACCAGCGUCCACACCAGACAUCACAACGAGAACUCUGUUAGUUCGUGGCUGAAAAGAAAUUUGAAAAAAGCAAGGGAGAACAUGAAGAAAGUUCAGCCAAUGAGAGACGAGGUAACGAGGUUGCAAGAGAUUAUGGUCCGAGACUUCGGAUUGGCCGAGAUCAAAUGGCAGAGUGGUUGGACCGUUAGUACUCACAGUGCAGCCCUCAAGAGUUUGUGUCGAAUCAUCUGUGGUGGUAGUGGUGGUGGUGGCAGUGGUGUUAGUGGUAGUGGGGAGUACAAUGUCAUAGGGAAGACAGUUGUAUUCGGGAAUGACCUUGGUAUCUCGGUUGAAGGUCACAUCAUUCUAAGGCAAGAUACUGUAUCCGAUGCUUGGAAAUAUAUCCUGAAGAACCAAUCACAUUACGACUCGACGUUACGAGCCAUCCCACACUUUGAGAAGACCUUAUCGACUCUUCUGAAUGGCAUUCAGGUUUUACCGCCACAACAGUCUGUCGUACUAGCUGUCAGCUACCUACAGCAGCUGAAGGCCUUGAUUGAUUGCAUUCAUGCUUAUAGGAAGGAGAGUUUGGAUGAUAUCAAGGAAGAUGUUCACGACCUGCAGUUGACUGUUGAGUGUGCCACAGGGCCUAUCUUGAUGGCGGAGCAAGGUCAAAUCAUGGUCCCUACUUCCUGUCCGGCAUUUUUAAUCUUCGACUACAUUAAGAAGAACUCGCAUAAGGCAAGAUCCAUGCAGAAAGAAUUUCAAAGGUGUCAGUUAUCCGACGAAUCAACGAUCAGCCUCUGCCAGUCCAUGCUAGGCCUGCAAGCCCUCCUCCGUGACUCCAGUAUCACGCGCCAACAGAUGGUCACGUGUUGUCGGAGACUCAUACGAUUGGUUGAUACCAGGGCACUUAAACUCGAUCUUUCGUCUAUCUGGCUUAGGAUUGGUCAGUUUUACACGGUCACCGUCGAAGGGGAGAUGUGCAUACCUUGGAAUUUUGAAGAUGUUAUUUAGUUUCGGUUGUUAGUUAGGAAUUUUAUGUAAGCAGUUUAUUAUCCUCAUCGUUGUACAUAAUUUUUUUUGUUUGAAAAUUAUACAUCUUUAUUUUUUGAGAACAUCUUCAUGGAAUUAAGUUUGGCAGACAUUUGGACACUUGUCCUGAGCAUGUUGAACAAAUUGUAUUCAUCAUAUCUGGCGUAAUUGUGAUUCUAAUUUUAUUCUCACUUUGUUUCAUCUUGUCUAUUCUUAUUAUCGGUCAGCCAGCCACUCGGCACUUUAUGUUUCCUGUGCCUUAUUUAAGAAAUCAUUUGAACUUUCACUUUUUCGUAAUGGAUGUGCGAAAUUUUUAUCGUUAAGUUUGUGACGCAAUAAGUCGCAAAUAAAUUGCGUUGUAAAUAUGUAUUGAAGUAUUAAAAAGCUUGUGAAGAGACUUUU